AUGGGCGGCAAGUACCUUCAUCAAAAUCCAAGAAUGAAGAAGGGGCUGACGGCAUUUGGAAACGAGAAGGAGGAAAAUAAAAAUCUGUGUGCACUUGAAGAUGGACGAAGUUGUCUUAUGACAAAACAAGAAAAUUUAGAACCAAAUUAUGGAGGCGCCACGGCAUGUACUUACCAAGGAUAUGGAGCUGUUCUUAAAUAG